AUGGCGCCUGCGCACCAUACCAUGCACACCGACGUAAUUCCAGGAACAGUCCAUCUGGUCGAUUUAGCUGGAACACUCCACGUCAAGCAUAAUGAGGGUGGUCAAAAGGAUAUUGUUCUCCUGCCUCAGCCAACCAACGAGUACGAUGAUCCGCUCAACUGGUCCAAAGGCCGCAAACUCCUGUGCGCCUGCCUUUUGCUACUGGCCGUCUUUUCGGCCGACAUCAUGACCACUUUGCUCUCCGCUGCAGAGGUGGAUAUGUCAGCGGAAACAGGCAUCCCUAUCUCAACACUCAACCAGGGCAUCAGUGUGCAGUACUUUUUCUUCGGCUGGAGCAACUGGCUUCUGUGGCAACCAAUGGGUUUGACGUUUGGACGGCGACCAUGUCUCCUUGCUGGCGCGUUGGGUAUGAUCGCCUGUUCCGUUUGGACCUCGUAUGUCACGUCCACCGGCGAAUGGUACGCCAAUCGAAUCAUCAUCGGGUUCAUGUACGGACCUAUCGAAACAAUGAUUGAGGUCUGCAUGUCUGAUGUCUUCUUUGCCCACGACCGAGGCUUUUGGAUCGGGAUGUACUGCUGGAUUCUUUUUGGCAUCCCCUUCCUUGGAGCCGUGCCAGCCGGGUACAUCGCUCAGUAUUUAGGCUGGAAAUGGAUCCAGUGGGUUGCGGCCAUCAUCUCAGCUGGCUGUACGUUGAUCAUGUUCUUCUUUCUGGAGGAGACCAUGUUUUAUCGCCCCCCAAUCCAGGAGGAAGCUUUGGACGUCGUCGAAGAAAGCGCCUCGGAUGAGGGAUUUACCGGAACCACAACCGAGAAGCAAACGGUCACCUCGCAAUCUCCUCAGACUGAAGUUGGCAUGACCAGUACCAAGAAAUCCUUUGCGCAGAAACUCAAGUUCUGGGGUGCUCGUCGCCCCGGCCAGCCCAAUAACUACUUGCGCCACAUGUGGAUGCCCUUCGCCUUGCUACGCUUCCCUGUUAUCACCUUCGCCGGAAUUCUUGUCGGAUCGGUGCUCUCCUGGUUCAACGUUGUCGUUGACACAAUUGCUUUGGUCCUGGCCGCUGAACCAUACAACAUGUCAACCGACGCGAUCGGUCUCAUGUUCCUUGCUCCCUUCAUCGGUUGCACUAUCGGAUGUUUGUUCGCUGGUGUUGCUGCUAAUAAAUUCGCUGUGUGGAUGUCCCGACGCAAGGGUGGCAUUUUCGAGCCAGAGUACCGACUUUGGAUGGCAGUGGUCCCCUUCGUACUGCACCCUGCCGGUUGCAUCCUGUUCGGUGUCGGAGCCAAACAAGGCGUGUCAUGGGUGGGCAUUGCUUUCGGUCUGGCGUUUAUCGUCGGCACAUUCCCCAUUGGAAGUGCAAUCGCCAUCAACUACAUCAUCGACUCGUACAAAGAAGUCUCUGGCGAUGGCCUCGUUACCAUGAUCUGCAUUCGUAACACGAUGGGUUUCGGGUUUGGUUUUGCCGUGACUCCUUGGAUAACGGCCGAUGGUGUGCAGAACACAUAUAUCGCCAUUGGUUUCAUCGGCAUGUUUUUCUGGGGUCUUUGCUUCUUGUUCAUCCUCAUCGGGAAGAAGACUCGCAAGGCGACCGCGAAGGCCUACUGGACCAUGGUGGAGGAGCAUGGCUUGCAAGCUCACUGAGCGACACUGGAGAUCAGGAUCACUUGGACUGUCGGACUGGUCGCCGAUGGUGCUUGAGGAGAGGGAACGAUGUUCCACGUUCACCAUGUCGACAGCUUUAUGUUGUUAUUAGCCCGAGUUUAUAGAGUCCGAGGUCGCUGAAAUAGAGUUAAGGGCAACCUUUGUACCAUCUGGAAUGUAAGGUCACAAUCUGGAUGCCUUCAUGUCGUCAAGUUCCGCCGCUGAAGUUACCCCGGUAGUGCGGAGUUGAACGGCCACCAGGUCCUCG